UCACAUUAUCGUUGCCAGCAUGUAAAGGAAAACACAAAGAGAAAGAUGUGUAACUGCAUCUAGAUUUAAAUAGAUAAACGUAUCUUUAUUGUUUCUUUCGAUUAAUCGAAAAACACAUCCGCGCUUUGCGAUGGAAGCACACGUAUCAAACAUCUUUCUUUUUUCGAUAAUUAACUGACUAGCGUAGAGUUUUCUGCAGAGAUUAGAGUUAUAAGGUGAGAAGAAUUGCUUUCAUUCAAUUAAGAUUCUUUUAGUUUUGUUUUACCAGAUACUAUUUCGCGGUUUAUUGAUGAAGCGUCAUACGAUUCACUAGAAACGCUGAGUACGGCACAAUCAUGCUACUUCUUAUUUGUGGUUUGUAGCCCACAAACCCCAGCAAACCUACCUAAGAUCAAUGCGAAAUGGAGGAGAGGGUUUUUGGGAUCUAUUACAACAAUAAAGGCAGUAAUAUUUGCGAAUGCAACAGAAUGAUGGAUUCCAAUCGGUCAUUCAAUCGGAAUAGAUAUUUUAGCAGGAAGCCAUUCCUCCCCCCCCCCCCUCCACUCUCUUCCUCUUUUUACGAAUUAUUCAAAGUUUGUGCAAUUUAUGCAAGUGCAAUGCAAUCUUGCGGUAGAUUUUGAGAUGAACACCAUGAGAAUAAGGGUUAUAUUGUGAUUAUGUGGUUGCCAUUAGCGAAUGCACUGUUCAAACAACUUGACUAUUUGGUAUGCAAAAUUCGAGUGUGCCUGAUGGAGUAUCUUUCGCACCAAAUGUGACUUAUACUUGCAAUUAUGUGGUCUUUUGAAUUGUUUUAUAGUUUUCUCUCUCUGUUACAAUUUUCUUAUUAGUAUUCUCUAGGCGUGUUUCAGUUAGGUGGCGAUGAUUUAUGUUUUGUUAAGAACGAAUACGACUACAAUAGUUGCGAUAGGUUUAGUAUCCAUUAUGUUUUUAUCUUUUUUUAGCUCUGCCACAUCCUGUAAUGGUGUAUUAUUUUGUGCUUCCCUUCGAUAUGCCAUCUGUUCACGGAUGUAAUCCGUAGUGCUGGUUGUCUCGGUUGUAAAAGCCACUCGCCCACGAAAAAAAUGAACAUUUAAACGGAAAUAUGCAAAGGAAAGAUAACCAAACGAGUCUCCAGAUAACUAUAUUCAGUAUUUACCAGCUAACAAUUGAUUAUAUGGAGAAUUAGGAUUCGGAUUCAAUUUUGAUGCAACUAUUUGAAAUAAUUUGCCAUACUUGUCUCUGAAUACAACGACAGUGUCAUUUCAAACCUUCAAUAGAGCGCUCUUGGAUGCCUUAACUGACAGCGAACGCACCUGUAUGAAAUCGUCUGCAGUUUCAUAAAAAAAGUUCUCUGCAAAGUGUCUUUGACGGUUGCCUUUCGAAAAGAAUUCUUAUUACCGUUUAUGCUAAAAUAUUGUGCGACUCGCUUAUCGUCAUGAGGGUAUGAUAUUGACCUCGUAAAUAUUGAAUAUUUUGUCCCAAUACAAUAUGCUCUUUGCGAAAAUAUAGUUCAAUUGAACGUUUCUGCAAACAAUAGGAUGGUGAAAUGAGCCUCAAGAACCACUCUAGAAUGAUUUGUUACUAGCUGUACAGCAACAGUACUGCAUAUUACAAAAGAUGAAAGAUACUAAUGACGCGGUGAUUGAUGCAAAUUAAAUGGCCUUCCGAUGCAAAUGCCUUUGUGCUUGAUUGAUUUUCAGCCGUUGUGCUUAGUGUUAUUGCUGGGAAAGAAGAAGCGCCUUAUUUUAACGUAACUGUAAGUGCAAGCUAUGAUGAAAGAAUCCCCGAAAGAUGCAGUUCAGGGUGCCGUAAAUUUGAUGUAAAAUCAGUGGCUUAAUACAAUCGUCGAAUAGUGUAAACACCGAUGAGGAGGAAUGUUGCCGAUAGUGCGGGCAACGUAUAGCUUUAGAAUUGGUAUUGAGUCUUACUUUUCGAAAUCGCAUAACUUCUCUCGUUCAUAUUCUUAGUAGCUAAUAUUGUUUCUCUUUGUGCGUGUGCCUUGGAAUGUCUUUGUGAACCGUGUCGGUGUGUUUAUGCAUGUGUAAAGUGCGAAUCUGAAGUUUGCCUCUUAGAUUUUAAGACGAUAGAGAGUAAUUCGCAAAAGAAACAAUCAAAUCCUCGGGAGAUGAGUUAAGACGUACGGUAAGCGAUAAUGAGGCAAUGAUGAAAUGGGCACUUGGUUUCGUAUAACAUCUUCGAAGCUAUUAUCAUUUCGUCGAUUCUGGCGCAAUUCAGUUGACAUGAAGAAAAUGGAAUCAACUGAAUACUUGAAAUAAUAAAACUAAAUGAAUGUUAAACUCUAUUUUGCUCACUUAGUAUAAAAGUAUCUUGAGAGAAACGAAGACCGCAGACAGAGGUUCAGAAUGAAAACAUAUUUUAGCAGAAGCAGAACAGUGCCGACAAAUGCAAAAAGCGAAAAGAAGAUUGAACAAGAAGGGCAACUGCAUCAAAUAGAAAAUUUAAGAACCAAACAAAAAAAUCUUACUAUGGGAUACUCUCAGCUCAGACUUGCAGACAUACAUAUAAACACUUUAACAUUGCCGUUAGAUUAAACGAAAACUAAAAGCUAUAGAUUCGUUAACUCGCAAACAAAUCCUAAUGAAUGUAUGUGAAGUGGUAUGAAGAAGGAGCGGAUAGAACCAUCAGGGAGAAGAGAAUGAACUACAUUUGCACGAAUUAUCUGUGACGGGAAAAAAAAGUUUGAUAGAUUAUAAACCACGAGCUCGGAACCUCGGACUUAGUUUCAGUUCAGGAAAGCAGUAUACUCAAUUGUUCAUUACAUCUUGCAAUAGAUUUUAUUUUAAAAAGUGAAGAUACAAUACAAACAACCUAACGGAAGAUCAUAAACAAACCCAAAAAUGAUCGUUUUUGGUUCAACAUCGAUUUUGUUUCAGAAUACAACAUCGAUUAAUUAAAAUCACACCUACCGCUACAACGACAACGCGACACCGUCAUAGCUAUUGCUCUUUUUACAAGAUAGUGAAGCUAAAAUUAUUAAUAAUUUUAUCCUGCCGCAUCGUUUCUGAAUUGAUCGUCUCCUCUUUAUAUGCUGUGUUACAUACAAGUAGCAACAUUUGCUCGCGACAGAACGCAAAACAAGAAGAAAUGCAACCACUCUGCUCUUAUCAAGUCUUUUCCAUGCCAUAUUCUUAAAAUCGCGGUGCCAUGAUGCAGAAGAGUAAACGAAUGCAUAUUUCAGGGCAUAAGCGCUUCACCUCACACGUGCAUCACGAUGAUCUCAAGCGAAAUGGAAAAAGCGAAAUUACUUUCGAUUGUAGUAGCUAUCCCACUAUCCAUAAGAAGAACACAUUAUGCAGUGUGUAGAAGAAUAUAUUUUUUAUCCAGAAACAUAAGAGAAGUUUAAGCUGCUUCGUGUGGGAUGUGAAAACAUUUUGCCAAUUGCCAUACUAGAACGUGUCUAGCGGAAAGUGUGGCCUCCACGUCGUCCAUAAGCAGCUUAAGCAAUGGAUAUAGAAAACCACGUAUUUUGUGUUUCAUACUGCUAUACGGUUACUUCAUUUGCAAAGACAGCAGCAUCCUCUGUAGAUCGUACGGUGUGUAGUAUGCGGUUGGGGCAGAGUUUCUUUUAAGAUAUUAUAGUGUAGCGCUCAUAACAUUACGAAGCACGCGGCGCGAUAUAAUGUACGAUUUACUUUUAGUAAUGUUUUCCUCUCAUUGACGCUGGUUGAAAGGAGAUUGAAGUGCAAAAAUAUCAAUAAGGAAUAGUCGAGGACUAGGCAGUGAAUAAUGGACAGGGGGCAAGGAAAGUGAAUAGAGGAAACAAUGGCGAAAAGAAGAAAAACCCGAAAAAAUAAACCACAUGUCCGCUCGUAUGUUUAAGAAGGAACUAAAUAAAAUCAUCCACUAAAAA